AUGUUUAGCGUAUUUUUUUAUUAUCUAUUGAGUUUUCUUGUAGAUUCAGAUAAACAGCAAUGGAACGCCUUUAAGACGGAGUUUAACAAAUCGUACGAUUCAAUCGAUGAUGCCAGAAGAUUUAACAUUUUUAAAGAAAAUAUUAACAACAUUCAAAAUCACAACAUCAAAUUUAAAAAUGGGGAGGUAACGUACGAGCAGGACAUAAACAGGUUUGCAGAUCUAACCGAUGACGAAUUUACUGCUUAUUACGGUUUGUACAACCGAUCUGUGCCCAUUAAAUAUUAUCGAAAUGCAACUAUAAAUGAACCUAAAAGCUCUGAUAAUAGCACUGAUGAUUUCUUGGACUGGAGAAUAUCUGGAGGAAUUACUCCUCCAAAGGAUCAAGGGCAAUGUGGAUCGUGUUACGUUUUUAGCGCGAUGGCAAAUAUAGAAUAUCACCAAUUUCUGGAAACAGGUCAACUGAUUUCUUUCAGCGAACAAUACGUUAUCGAUUGCUUCAAUUCGUUUUACAAAGGUGCAAAUAAUAACUCAUGCGGUGGUGGAUUUCCGGUAAACGUAUUCAUAUUUGCAUAUUCACAUGGAAUUCACUUAGAAAGUAAUUACCCUUACGUCGGGAAACAAAAUGCUUGUCAAAAUAUAUCUGAGCCGGCAUCCAAUGUUUCUUACAGCGAAUUGGAAAUAGUCAUGGGCUCUGACGAAACCAUCAAAGAAGGGCUUAAACAGCACGGGCCUCUUACCACUUGUUUUGCCGUUUCUGCGGAUUGGAGGUUCUAUAAAAGCGGCGUUUGGUAUCACGAUGAAUGCGCUCAAGCUUCCAAUCACUGCGUAUUAGUUGUUGGUUAUGGAUCGGAAAACGGAAAUGAUUACUGGCUAAUCAAAAAUUCUUGGGGUCCUGAUUGGGGAGAUAACGGAUACAUAAAAAUCGCUCGAAACGUACACGAAAAUUAUUGCGGGUUCAAAAGUGGUUUAUAUUUAAUUGAUGAAAAUGAAUAA